CAAAACCCUAAAAAUCUAUUGGAAAUCCAAUUAGGUUUUUCUGUGAGUCAUAAAGCCCACCAUAUAAAUAGCUCCUCACGUGCUCUUCGGCUCCUUCGCCCCCCCCAUUCUGCUUUGCGUUUAUUUUUCCUCUUCCUUUCAAUCUAAUUUGAGCCAUGUCUGACGAGGAGCAUCAAUUUGAGUCUAAGGCUGAUGCUGGAGCAUCAAAAACUUACCCUCAACAAGCUGGUACCAUUCGUAAGAACGGUUACAUCGUCAUCAAAGGCCGUCCCUGCAAGGUUGUGGAAGUCUCAACAUCCAAAACUGGCAAGCAUGGUCACGCCAAGUGUCAUUUUGUUGCUAUUGACAUCUUCACUGGAAAGAAGCUUGAGGAUAUUGUUCCCUCUUCACACAAUUGUGAUGUGCCCCAUGUUAAUCGCACAGAUUAUCAGCUUAUUGACAUUUCUGAAGAUGGAUUUGUGAGUCUGCUCACUGACAGUGGUAACACCAAGGAUGACCUUAGGCUUCCUACUGAUGAUAACCUCCUUACACAGAUCAAGGAUGGGUUUGCUGAGGGUAAAGAUCUCGUCGUGUCUGUUAUGUCAGCCAUGGGUGAGGAACAGAUCAAUGCCCUGAAGGAUAUUGGUCCCAAGUAAUCUGUUGAUUGAUUGCUCGACGUGAAGUUCUUUACUACCUUGAGUGAGAUAGAUAUUAUAGUCAUGGAAAAAAUAUUAUGGUCUUAUGGAAUAUUAGUGAGGAUUUGCGGACCAUUGUGAGUUAGAUUUUUAUUUUUGUUUUAAAUUGUGGUAUUCAUCUGAAUUUUGUUCUACUAUAGUUUUUUGAAUUUGGUGUGGAAAUUAUUUGCUGCUCA